CACAGGAUGCCCGAGGGCCCUGAGCUGCACCUGGCCAGCCUCUUUGUGAAUGAGACAUGCAAGGAGCUAAUGUUUGGCGGAUGUGUGGAAAAGUCCUCAGUCAGCCGAAACCCUGAGGUGCCUUUUGAGAGCAGUGCCUACCGCAUCUCAGCCACUAGCCGUGGCAAGGAGCUGCGCCUAAUCCUGAGCCCCGAGCCCGGCGCCCAGCCCCCACAGGAUCCACUGGCCAUUAUCUUCCGUUUCGGCAUGUCUGGCUCCUUCCAGCUGGCACCAGGAGAUGCUCUGCCACGCCAUGCCCACCUGCGCUUCUACACAGCCCCACCAGCUCCCCGACUUGCCCUCUGCUUUGUGGACAUCCGCCGCUUUGGCCGCUGGGACCCUGGAGGAGAGUGGCAACCUGGCCGAGGACCCUGUGUCCUGCUGGAGUAUGAACAGUUCAGGGAGAAUGUGCUUCGAAACCUUGCGGACAAGGUCUUUGACCGGCCAAUCUGUGAGGCCCUCCUGGAUCAGAGGUUCUUCAACGGCAUUGGCAACUAUCUUCGGGCAGAGAUCCUGCACCGGUUGAGGAUCCCCCCCUUUGAGAAGGCACGCACAGUCCUGAAGGCCCUGCAACAGCACAGGCCGAACCCAGAGCUCACCCUGAGCCAGAAGAUAAAGGCCAAAUUGCAGAACCCGGACCUGCUAGAGCUGUGCCACUCAGUGCCCAAGGAAGUGGUCCAGCUGGGGGGCAAAGGCUAUGGGCCGGAGAACGGGGAGGAGGACUUUGCUGCCUUUCGAGCCUGGCUUCGGUGCUACGGGGUUUCAGGCAUGAACUCCCUGCAGGACCGGCAUGGCCGCACCAUCUGGUUUCAGGGGGACCCUGGACCGCUGGCACCCAAAGGGGGCAAGUCCCGUAAGAAGAAAUCCAAAAAAACACCAUCAGGCCUAAAGGACAGAGAGGAGGACCCUCUACCUCCAAGCAAGGCCCCUUCCAAGGCACGAAGAGCAAAGAGGGACAUUCCCAAGCAGCCCAGAGCUCAGGAGCCAGAGCAGAGCAGCCUCCAACAGGACCCUGAAGCCCCCACAGCCCUUAAGAUGGGGAAGAGGAGGAGGAAGCGACCAGCCACCUCAGGCCGCCACAGGGCCCAGAAAACCAGAACUGACACCCCAUCCUUAGAGCCAGAGGGGACCUCAGUCUCUUAG